GAAGGAGAUGUUGUGUCAGGUGGAAACGGGGACCUCUAUGGAUAUCAUCAUCACCCUCCACCGGCUCGCAACCUCAGCACCGACUGCAUCUCUCGACCGGCGGUUACCGCUGCAGGCACACAGUGCCCUUUUUAUGCACCAAGACGUUUUAUUUCCGUGGUGCACCCUCCCCAGCCUGCACCUGCUGUUACCCAGAUAAACCGCUUCCUCGUGUAAUAGGGGCUAAUCGAGGAAAGACCCUGCAGGAAUAAAAGCGGAGCGUCACUAUCCUCCAUUGAUAACUCCUCAUCGAUUCAACCAGCUGCGUCUUAGAGGAGGACAAAUCCAGUCAAAAAACUGACUGGACCAAAAGGAAAGCCGGCCUGCAUUUGGGUGCAGGGUACCGCAGUGAUCCGGGUGUAGGGCGCGAUGGCUAAUGCGUCCCCAGACCUGGACAAUGUGGAAGCCCAGCGCCAGCUCAACAACAACAACCGACCAAUCAGCUCUGGGUUCUGGGAGACAGAGUGCACAAGCUCCAAGCUGUUCGAGUGCUCCCGCAUCAAAGCUCUGGCAGAUGAAAGAGAUGCAGUUCAGAAGAAGACGUUUACAAAGUGGGUCAAUUCCCAUCUGGCCAGAGUGUCCUGUCGUAUAUCUGAUCUUUACAAUGACCUGAGGGAUGGGUACAUGCUCACCAGACUGCUGGAGGUCCUCAGUGGAGAGCUGCUGCCGAGACCUACAAGGGGUCGUAUGAGAAUCCACUGCUUGGAGAAUGUCGACAAAGCCCUGCAGUUCCUUAAAGAGCAGAGGGUUCACCUUGAAAAUGUCGGUUCCCAUGACAUUGUGGAUGGUAACCAUCGCCUCACCCUGGGCCUUAUCUGGACUAUCAUCCUACGCUUCCAGAUCCAGGUGAUCAAAAUUGAGACAGAGGACAACAGGGAAACUCGCUCUGCCAAGGAUGCUCUGCUGCUUUGGUGCCAGAUGAAGACUGCAGGAUACCCUGAGGUCAACAUCCAGAACUUCACCACCUGCUGGAGAGACGGCCUUGCCUUCAACGCCCUCAUACACAGACAUAGGCCUGAUCUAAUAGAGUUCCACAAGCUAACACGGUCCAAUGCAACCCACAACCUCCAGCAAGCCUUUAACAUCGCUGAGCAGCACCUGGGCCUUACCAAACUACUGGACCCUGAGGAUGUGAACACAGAGAACCCAGAUGAAAAGUCCAUCAUUACAUAUGUGGUGUCCUACUACCACUACUUCUCCAAGAUGAAGGCUCUCAUUGUGGAGGGAAAGAGAGUUGGCAAGGUGCUAGAUAACUGUAUAGAGGCUGAGAAAAUAAUCAACCGCUACGAAGCUCUGGCGUCAGACCUGCUGGAGUGGAUUGAGAAGACCAUAGCAGUAAUCAGCAACCAGAAGUUUGCAAACUCUCUGACUGGAGUUCAGCAGCAGCUGCAGGCCUUCACAACCUACUGCACUAUAGAGAAGCCCAUCAAGUUUCAGGAAAAGGGGAAUCUUGAGGUCCUUCUCUUCACCAUCCAAAGCAAACUCAGAGCCAAUAACCAGAAACCCUAUGUGCCUCAUGACGGGAAGCUAAUCUCAGACAUCAACAAGGCCUGGGAGAGGCUUGAAAAAGCAGAGCAUGAAAGGGGUGUGGCUCUACGCAAGGAGCUGAUUCGUCAGGAGAAGCUGGAGCUGUUGGCUCAGCGCUUUGACCACAAAACCACCAUGAGACAAGCAUGGCUCAACGAGAACCAGAGACUUGUUUCUCAGGACAAUUUUGGCUACGACCUGCCAGCAGUUGAGGCAGCAAUGAAGAAACAUGAGGCCAUUGAGGCGGACAUAGCCUCAUAUGAAGAGCGAAUCAGUGUGGUUGUGGAACUUGCUGCCGAGAUGGAAGUGGAAGGAUACUACGACAUCCGACGUAUCUCGGCACGUAAAGAAAAUAUCCUGGGCCAGUGGACUCUGCUGAAGGAGCUGGUGGCCGGCAGGAGGACCCGGCUGGAGAAAAAUCUAGCGCUGCAGAAGACUUUUCAGGAUAUGGUGUACAUGAUCGACUGGAUGGAGGACACACAGGUUCAGCUACUGUCAAAGGACUUUGGGAAGCAUCUUCUGGAGGUGGAUGACUUGUUGCAGAAACACAGCCUGCAGGAAGCUGAUAUUACUGUUCAGGCUGAGAGAGUCGAGAUGCUCAACUCUGCUGCACUUAAAUUCACCACAAUCGAGGGUUACCAACCAUGUGACCCUCAGGUGAUCUGUAACCGUGUCAACCAUGUGUCCUCCUGUCUGGAGGAGCUGAAACAACUGGCAGCUAAAAGGCGUUCUGAGCUGGAGGAGUCAAGACAACUGUGGGCCUUCUUUCAGGAAUUGGAAGAAUCGGAAGCCUGGAUACGGGAAAAAAGCUCCAUCCUGGCAGCUCAGGGUUUUGGGAAGGACCUUAGCAGUGUGCUGAGAUUACUUCAGAAACACAAGACUCUGGCCGGGGAGCUGCUGGCUCAUCGGUCACUGCUGCAGAACACCAUGAAACGAGGGAAGCAGAUUCUUAGUGAGAAGAGCUUUGGCACAGCAGGGAUCCAGGAGCACAUAAUGGCAGUUAAAGGGGAGUGGAAGAGGCUGGAGGACCAGGCCGCGCAGCAUCUUGGCCACCUGCAGGAGGCACUCAACUUCUUCCAGUUCUCCACAGAAACAGAUGAUGUGGCCGCCUGGCUGCAGGACGCUUACCGCCUGGUCUCCAGUGAAGACUUCGGUCACGAUGAGUACUCCACUCAGUCCCUUCUGAAAAAACAUAAAGGAGUUACUGAGGCCAUCGACAAACAUCGUCUUCAUGUGGUGGCGCUGCGCAAGCACGUGGUGGCGCUGCCGUUGCGAUACCGUGAACAGGAGGAGGUGCAGGUGCGUAUGGGAGAGGUGGAGCAGCUGUACACAGAAGUUGCUGAAGUUGCAGUGCUAAGACAGCAGUGGCUUCACGAUGCGCUUGCUGUCUACCGAAUGUUCAGCGAGGUCAAUGCAUGUGAGCUGUGGAUUGAUGAGAAAGAACAGUGGCUGGACAAGAUGGAGAUCCCUGAAAAGCUGGAGGAUGUGGAGGUGGUAGCGCACAGGUUUGAGAGCCUGGACCAGGAGAUGAACAGCCUGAUGGGACGGAUCCUGGAUGUUAAUCUGAUAGUCCAGCAGCUCCUGGAUGGAGCUCAUCCGUCUUCUACUGAAGUCAGGGGCUGUCAGGACCACCUCAACUCCAGGUGGAACAGUAUUGUAGAGCUGGUAGAACAGAAGAAAGAUCAGCUCGACUCCAUGUUACGCCUGCAGAAUUACCUUCUGGAGUGUGCUGAGAUCAAGUCCCAGAUCCAGGACAAGAGAAAAGCCAUUGAUGCCACUCAGUACAUGGGCAGUGAUUUGGGAGGAGUCCUUGCUCUGCAGAGACGCCUCUCUACCAUGGAGGGAGCCCUAUCUGUCCUGGAGCCCAAACUCCUUCAUCUACAGGAGGAGGCAGAGCAUCUGGCCACCGCUCAUCCAGGCCAGGCCAUGGAGAUUCUUGUGCCUUUUGAUGGUAUUAGCGUCGAGUGGGAGGAGCUGAAGCGAACCCUGCAGGGAUGUGAAGACUCACUGAUGGUAGCAAGCAGGCUGCAGAGCUUCAUACAGGACCUUGACUCGUUCCUCACCUGGCUGGUCCAGACCCAGACAGCAGCUGCUUCAGAUCAGCUGCCCAACGAUCUGGAAGAGGCAGAGAAACUCAUCAACAAACACGCUGCUCUUAAGGAAGAGAUUGGACGAUAUGAAGAGGACUAUGAGCGCCUACAAGCCAUGAACGAGCUGCUGGAGUCCGAGGAGGCUCCUCUCCCUCAGGCCGCCCUGCAGCAGUGGCUCCAGAAGCUGGAUGUCGGCUGGAACAAGCUCCUGGAGAUGUGGGAAAGCAGGAGGGAAGUUCUGGUGCAGGCUCACAUUUUUCAUCUGUUCCUACGAGACGUCAAACAGGCAGAAUCUUUUCUCAACAACCAGGAAUCCGCCCUUGCUCAUGUGGAGCUGCCCACCACGGUGGAAACAGUUGAAGCAGCCAUUAAGAAACACAAAGACUUCACCACCACUAUGGAGCUGAACCUGCAUAGGAUCAAAGCUGUGAUAGAGGCAGGAGAAAGUCUGAUCAGCCAAAACAACAUCUACUCUGAACGCAUCAGGGAACGCAUCGACAACCUUGCCAAUAGGGGAAACCAGAACCGGGAGCUGGCCCAGCAGUGGCUGGAAAAACUGAAUGACCAGUGGGAACUUCAGAGGUUUCAUCAGGACUGUCAUGAGCUGGGGGACUGGGUGUAUGAGAAGAUGCUAAUGGCGAGGGACAGCAGCCGAGACGAGACCCAAAAGCUUCACAAGAAAUGGCUGAAGCACCAGGCUUUCAUGGCCGAGCUGGCCCAGAAUAAGGAAUGGCUGGACAAGAUUGAAAAGGAGGGCCAGCAGCUGAUACAGGAGAAGCCAGAGCUCAGCCCGGUGGUCCGGAAGAAGCUGGAGGAGAUCCGGGAGUGCUGGCAGGAUCUUGAAAGUACCACUCAGGCCAGAGCCCGACAGCUUUUUGAAGCCAACAAAGCAGAUCUGCUGGUGCAGAGUUACGAAAGCCUUGACCAGAGACUGGGCCAGCUGGAGGGUCACCUGGCCUAUGUAGACCCAGGACAGGACCUCACCACUGUCAACAAGCAGCUCAAGAAACUGCAGACCAUGGAGACCCAGAUGGAGGAGUGGUAUAAGGAGGUUGGACAACUCCAGGUGCAGGCAGCCUCCAUCCCGCAGCAGACACAGGUCAAGGAGACAGUUGCUGAGCGACAGACUGCUGUGGAGGCCAGGAUGGUGCGUUUGAUCGAGCCACUGAAGGAGAGACGACGCAUUCUUCUGGCGUCUAAGGAAGUUCAUCAAGUCGGACGAGACCUGGAAGAUGAGAUCUUGUGGGUGCAGGAGCGCCUCCCGUUGGCGAUGUCUCAGGAGCAUGGUUCUACUCUGCAGGCUGUACAGCAGCUUAUGAAGAAAAACCAGACACUUCAGAGGGAACUGCAAAGCCACAGGAGUAGAAUUGAAGAUGUCUUGGAGAGGGCAGGGAUCAUUGCUUCCAUACGCAGCCCUGAGGCAGACUGCGUCAGGGCUGGUCAUGACCAACUGGCCCAUCUGUGGGUUCUUCUCUGGACUGAAACCGAGAGGAGGCAACUGGUCCUCGAUGCCAUGUACCAAGCCCAACAGUACUACUUCGACACAGCUGAGGUUGAAGCCUGGCUGAGCGAGCAGGAGCUUCACAUGAUGAAUGAGGAGAAGGGAAAGGACGAGCCCAGCACACUGCAGUUACUGAAGAAGCACUUGGUCCUGGAACAAACCAUUGAGGACUAUGCUGAGACCAUCGGUCUGUUGUCGCAGCAGUGUCGACAGCUGCUGGAGAUGGGCCAUCCAGACUGCGAGCACAUUAGCAAGCGGCAGUCGCAGAUAGACCGUCUGUAUGUGUCUCUGAAGGACCUGGUGGAGGAGAGAAAGAGUCGCCUGGAGCAGCAGUACUGGCUCUAUCAGCUUAACAGGGAGGUGGAUGAACUGGAGCAGUGGAUCGCUCAGAGGGAAGUGGUCGCCAGCUCACCAGAACUAGGUCAAGACUUUGAGCAUGUCACUAUCCUGCAGGAGAAGUUUACAGAGUUUGCAUCCGAGACAGGAAGUGUGGGACAGGAACGUGUGACAGCCGUCAAUCAGAUGGUGGAUGAGCUUAUAGACUACGGCCACUCAGAGGCUGCCACCAUAGCCGAAUGGAAGGACGGGGUGAAUGAGGCAUGGGCUGAUCUGCUGGAGCUCAUGGAGACACGUGGGCAGAUGCUUGCUGCCUCACACCAGCUGCACAAGUUCUUCUCCGACUGCAGAGAGGUUUUGGCCCAGAUCGAGGACAAACAUCGAAGGCUGCCAGAAGUGCGGGCUCGGCAGGGCAGCACUGCCAACACCAGCACCCUGCAAAGACUCCUUCACAGCUUCGAACAGGACAUACAGCUGCUUGUCACACAGGUGCGACAGCUGCAGGAAAGUGCGGCCCAGCUGAGGACGGUGUAUGCCGGGGAGAAGGCUGAAGCUAUCGCGUGUCGGGAGCACGAAGUGAUGCAGUGCUGGAAGGAGCUGCUGACCUCCUGCGAGGAGUGCCGUGUGCAGAUUACUACUGAGACAGACAAGCUGAGGUUCUUUGGUAUGGUCCGAGAUCAGAUCAUGUGGAUGGACUCCAUCAUCUGUCAGAUAGGCACAGGAGAAAAACCCAGGGACGUGUCCUCAGUUGAGGUGCUGAUGAACUAUCACCAGAGCCUGAAAAGUGAAGUUGAAGCUCGCAGUCGGAGCACACUGGAGUGUAUCGAGAUGGGAAAGACUCUGCUGGCUGCUAGAAACCCUGCCUCUGAGGAGAUAAAAGAGAAGCUGGACAAAGUGAUUGCUAAGCAGCAUGAGCUGUCUGAGAAGUGGGAUAAACACUGGGAAGUCCUGCAACAAUUGUUGGAGGUUCAUCAGUUUGCUCAGGAGGCGGUGGUGGCAGAGGCAUGGUUAACUGCUCAGGAGCCGUUCAUCAGCAGCCAGGAGCUGGGCGGGAGUGUAGAUGAGGUGGAGCAGCUCAUUCGUCGACACGAAGCCUUUCGGAAAGCUGCUGCCACCUGGGAGGAGCGAUUCAGCUCACUGCGACGGCUCACCACGGUGGAAAAGUUGAAAGCUGAGCAAAGUAAACUACCCCCAACGCCUCUUCUGGGUCGUAAAGUCUUCCUGGACCCCUUAGAUGCCUCAAACACCCCAGCUACUCUCCCCCGCCUCCCGAUCUCCCCUGUCAUAAGACAAACUAUCUAUGAACAGAAUGAAGCCAGCUCUCCUCCCUCUCCCUCACCUGCCACACCCACACCCUCUCCAUCGUCUGUGGCUCGGAGGCUGGGGUCAACAGUUGCCAACUACACCCCUGUGAUGAAUGGCUCCAGCUAUCGUCACACCCUGGAGGCCCGGCAUGGUAGUGUUGUGGGUGUGGCCGCAGGGCUCGGCCAGCCUGCACCCUCAUCAAUCGCAUCUAUUGCCACGGCAGCCAUGUUAGUCUCAGCCAACCAGAUGCGAGAAAGUGCCAGCACAGCAAGAGAACAGACCACAAAAGUGAUGAGUCACCUCCAACCAGUCCAAGCAAUGAGGGAACUGGGGGUGAAAUCAUCACCGUAUCUACGGCAGCCCAAAAUCAAACACUUGGAUGAUGCUGUGACCCCGCUGCUUGUGGCCAGCCGUCUAGAGAAGGUAAGGGAGAAGGGGAGGGACAGGGACACGAUGAUUGGAGAGAUAGGAACAGAGAGAGCAGAGGUUGCAGUGAUGGCUGAGGUGGUGCUCCAGGAGCCGGGCCGGGAGCGUCUUCACAGUGAGCCCACCAGAGGACCUCGGGGAUCCAGGACUGACAUGUUGGGCCAUGCUGAGCCCCAGGUCCAGACACACACAUAUCACCGGGACCACAGGAUAGAACGGCAGCUGUCCAGCGAGCAGCUGAUCCAGGCACGCAGGGAUGAGCUGCCUCAGGAGGUGUGGAGGGAACAGGCAGAGAGGCGGGAGAAGCGAACAUUGGAGAGGCAAACGUCUAGCGAACAGGAGGGCCAUGGGGGUCACGAAGGCCGGCGGAGAGAGAGGGACAGGCACCGGCUGGAGAGACAGGAGUCUAGUGAGCAUGACACUGGGAGGGAGCACUCAGACCGACGUUCUGGAGGAGGAGAAAAAAGAGCCACCAUGGCAGACAUUGUAGAGCAACUCCGGGAAAGAGAAGCAGCACAGGCUCAUGGUGAGGUCCCCCGUCUACCCAAUGGGUUACCAGAAAAGUCUUCCCGUCCUGACCGGCCUCGAGCUCGAGAUAGACCCAAACCACGACGCAGGCCACGUCCUAAAGAACCAGGAGAGACCACACGCAGGUCCAGGUCUGCUCCAGCCCAGAGCAGCCCGGCAGUCCCACAGCCACCAACACAUACAGCACACCAUGAGGGCUUCCUUUUCCGCAAGCUGGACAUUGAGAGCCUGAAGAAGAGCACCAAUAGCAGGUCAUGGGUCAACCUGUAUUGCGUGCUGAACAAAGGGGAGCUGGGUUUCUACAAGGAUGCCAAGAACACCACCACGUCCUACAACAACGAGCCACUGCUCAACCUCUCCCACUGCCACUGCGACGUCACCAAUGGCUACAAGAAGAAGAAGAAUGUCUUCACACUGAAAACGAAGGAUGGCAGUGAGUUUCUGUUUCAUGCAAAAGAUGAGGACGACCUCAAAGCAUGGGUGACCAACAUCACCACUAGUAUUUCGGAGCAUGAGGAGAUUGCCAAAUGGGGUCAGCCCCAACCAACUACCUCAUCCACUGACGAGGGGACGCGGCGAGAUGGCAGCAAGGCAGACAACAGGUCAGAACGAGGUGGCGAGCGCUCAGACCGGGCUGAUCGAAUCGAGCGUGCAGAAAAAGAGAAGGAGAGAGAGAAAGGAGAACGUUCAGAGAAGUCAGACAAGGGUGGGAAAUCAGAAGCAAAACGCUCUGAAAAAUCCAGCAAGAAAAAAUCAGCAAAUUGACAGAUUGGUUGGAAUUGAAGGGUUUGAAUUCUGGACGGGAGGUGGGGCUGUAGACAAGUGGUGAACGGCCCCCUCUUUCACUCCACCUCCAACACCGUCAACCAAACAGCUAGCUGUGUUUGGAUAAAAAGCAAAGGACUGACCCAGGCUCUGUCAGGACGGACGGGACGGAUUUGAUUUUGGAGCUGGAGACAUCUUUCUUCCUCUCUCUCUUAUGUGUUUCUGUUAGAACACAUGGAAUCACAGGCGCGCCCCCCCAACCCUUCAGAGAACUGCAGGGGGUGGAAUUUUGUGCUGCUGAACUCCAGGCAGCGUUGACGAGAGAGGGACGUGCAUCACGUUAAUUCGAAGGCUGUUACUGAUUGCUGGUAGCGCGGUAAAUUGUAGCUCAUACCGUUCCAUGUUGGGUUUUUCUAUGAGAUGAGCUAUACCUAUAUGUAAUUCCUAUCUGUCUGUCCUAUCAACUGUAUCUAUCUGUCUGUAAGUCGAGACAUCCUGCACUAUGUGUUAUUACUCAUCAGAAAUCAAAAGAGAAUGAAAUAAUGCCAAAAUGUUUUACAGAAAAAGGUACAAUUUCUUUUUGUAACUGUUCUCUUCACUUUAUCCCAUCUUUCUUGAGGUCCUGCCAUGAAAAAAUGUGGAAUUUAACCAUUUUUUUUUAACAUUUCCAAGCAGCACCAUCAAAGUCUCAGUGGUUGAAUCAAUCUUGAAAGUUGAUGGGUUGAUACAAGAGAAGAGUAGACGAGGAACUUCUAAACUUAAAGGAAAUUGAGAAAAUUGUGAAAAUCCAAAAGAGAAGCACCUAAACAUUAUAAAGGGUCAUGAUAAAUCUGUUAAUUAAAUCACAUUUCUGUUGAAAUUCAUGUAAACAGAUUGGAUUUCCUUCCUUCCUGUAGGAUGUAUUUAGCAGAUUUUUGCAGGUUGGUGGUUUUCAUGUGAGACAGAUGUUCUCUUCAUGCAUCAGACGUCUGUGACAGCUGUGCUUUUGGCUCAGUGGUCAGAAGAGAUAAGAACUCUGGUUCCCAGGGCCUUAUUCAUUAAAAUGUUUUUUUUCUUCUGCUUCUUUAAGAAAGUAAACACUAAGAUUUACAUUUUGAUAUCUCUAACUAAAUACUUGAAAUAACAUCACCUGCUUGUUUUACCACAAAAUCACUUUAGCAUUAAUCGCGUUUGGCUUAGGUCAUAAGCACAAAAUUAGCAUCUGGCAUGUUUUUAAUGAAUGAGGCCUUUAGGGCUGGAAACAGGCCUCCUCUACUCUUUUAUUCUCUUGCAACGUCAAACUACUGGUUGGAUAUUCUCUUUGAUUUAUUCACAAAUCUGUUGCAUCUGUGUUUUCUACAGAAUCUAGAAAAUCUUGUGACAAUAUACACAAGUGUAUGUGUGUGUGCGCUGCUGCUCUCUGCUCCAGGGCCUCCAUAGCUCUCAGGUUAUUUAUGUUGGUGUAUGCUUAUUGUGUGCUUCACACAUAAUGUUUGUCCCCUCAUAUGUCACCUCAGUCUUCCAGAUACAUUCAAUCCAUAACUUAGAUCUACACAAAUGCAUAUAUUUUUACUUCUAUCUUUGUGAAGACCGUUAUUAUACACCGUAAAAUCACAAAUAAAAUACCUAACCUCGACUUUGAACCUGAUUCUUAGACAAACCCUAAAACCAAAUCAAAACCUUCAAACAGCUCCUUGAAGGUCAGUCCUAAACAAAUCAAAGAUGGGCAUACAGUUUAACACACGCUCACACAGAACUCAUCAGAUUUAAGAUGUUGGAGGUUAUAAACAUGCUAAAUAAAUGGAAAAGGUCAUAAAAAAAAAACAAAAAGUGAGAAUGAUGAAAUAUUUGGUGUAAGUUGUGAGAUUGCAUGUCUUGCUUGGAGAGGAAUCGCUUGUUUAAAGAAGCUCGGCUUUGCAGCCCACUGAUUCUGCAUCUACUCGUCAGCUUAUGUUUCAUUUCCUGUAAACUCAUCACAAAGCCAUAAACAACAUGGAAACAAGAGUAAGAACUGUCAAGAGUCUGGCUGGCUAAUUGUGUUUGAGAAUAUUGUGAGGCUGUGGGUAAAUCUGGUCCGACAGCAUUAAAAAUCCUUUUAUAAUAUAUUUCAGGUAUAAAAGCUCUUUUAUGUUCACUGCUGCUGUAUGUUCAUUGCAGUUCUGGGAUUUUGGAAUUUUCUUUCCCUGUUAACAUCACACUGAAAUGAAUUUGUUUGUAAAAAUAUCUGCUCUUGAAAUCUCUUAUUUCACUUUUUUUUAACGAUCAGAAAACAAAAGGGUUAGACUUGAAUUUUUAAUUCCUUAAUAGCUUUGCAUUUAAUCACAGUCUCAUGUGCCGCAUGGGAGGCGGUCCAGCAAAGUCCCGGAGAAACGUUUUAGGAAGUUCUGGGAAAUAUACUGGCAGGGGUUAAACACACCCAUUGACAGCAACAUGACAGAGUUUAUUUGUAUUUUGCAAGUGUUUUUCAAUUUUACAUGAGUAAAUAUUCUGUGUAACUCCUCCAUCUCUAUUUAACUACAAGACCCAGCUUGAAUAGCACAUUAGAUUGAAACUUUUUUGGGGUUAAUGGCUUUAACUAAAACAGUAACUGUUUAUAGUUUCAAGACUUCGGUGGAUGUUUCUUUACUUGUUCCCUUCAUUGUCCUGUUGUCAGGAACAGGGCUGAGGCUGCUAGCCAAUCACACUAUUAUUUCUUUGAAUUAUAAUACACAGAAAUUACUUUUAGCUGCAAACAGAAACGUGAUUUCAGUUGGACUUUAAAUGUAUAAUUUAUAAUAUUCAGUUUUGCUUUCUGAACAAGCAAUUUCAAAAACUGUGAAGCCCAAUCACCCCUCUCAGAAUUUCUCAAAUAUCUUUUUUGGAAAUAGAAGGUUGAUUAUUAGAUUGUUGCAAUAAGGUUAUCAGCUAACACUGAUUUUUAAAAAAGUUUUUUUUUUAUUAAUAUCUUAAAAUUCUCUCUUUUAAAUCUCUUUGUGUAUCAUAAAACUGUCUUGCAAUGUCUUAACUUUUUUUCCCCUUUUUUAAAUUCCUUUUUUUUUGCAUUUUGCCUUUAGUUGUGAAUGCCGAAUCAAUGCAAUCAUUUUCAUGCAUGCUGGGCACAAACACAGCCGGAAUUCAGAAUGAGCAUAAAUUAAACAUAGAGAGUCACACAGAGCAGUAAUUUACAGGCAGAUUAGGAGUCGAACAGCAUAAUAAACAUUUUUUGUUGCUGUUUUAAUACACACAAGACAAAACAGCAGGGUAAACCUAACAGAUAAUUAAACUAUUUUACAGUGCUGAAACCAGAAGACAGUCAGCAUUUUCAGAUUUGAUUAAAAUAUCUUGAACUUGUUUGGAUGAGUGUACAGGUGCCCUGCCUGUUUGUGUGUCUCUGCUGUCUUGUUAACAUUGACCUCAGCCUGUCAGCCCAGAUAAAAUAAAUAAAAACACCUUUGGGUUUGUCUUUAA